AUGAUUGCGCGGCAGGAUGACGAGGAGAUACCUUUUCUGCAUCGAGCGGAGCAGCCAACGACCAAGACACCCCUGCCCUGGGAUCAAUUUUGGAUCGUACUGUUAUUGGAAAUGCCAGAUCUUCUUUCUUCUCAUACCCUUACCCCGUUUAUUCCCCAACUCAUUAGAGAUAUUGGAGUGACAAACGGAGACGAAUCCCAAGUUGGUCACUAUGUCGGCAUCCUUCAAUCAUCAUACUAUGUAGCUCACGCACUGACUGUUUUCCAUUGGAGUCAGCUGUCUGAUCAUAUCGGGCGGAAGCCUGUAAUGCUGAUAGCAUUGUCAGCACUAUCUGUUUCGAUGUUUUUGUUUGGGUUGUCGAAGACAUUCCUUGGUCUGGUGGUUAGUCGUGUUGUCUGUGGAGCAUUUGAUCCGAGCAUUGGUGUCAUCAAGAGCGUGCUGAUGGACAUUACCGACGCAACCAAUAUGCCCAACGCAUACAACUACAUGCCACUUACGUGGAUGACUGCAAACGCAGUUGGACCACUCAUUGGGGGCUCGCUCUCCCGACCAGCAGACAGAUUUCCUGACAUCUUCGGGCGAUCAGAACUCCUGAAAACCUACCCAUAUCUUCUGCCAUGCUCUGUUUCGGCAUUUUUCACACUGAUAGCUUGGCUAGCCACGUAUUUCUGCCUCAAGGAGAGCGUUUCUACAAGGACGCCGCUUUGGAAGCUAAUAAAAAGAAGAUUCCUGCGACAGUCAUAUUCAAAGCCUCACCGGACAUCGAGCAGUAUUAUAGUUGAUCCUGGGGAAGCGAAUUCCGGAGAAGUUCAAUCAAAGCCGCUUCCGCUGCGUGACUUGCUAACCUCGAGAGUGUUGAGCAUAACAGCAAAUUACGCCACUACAGGCCUGCUUCAAGCAGCGUUUGCUUUGGUCCAACCUCUUUUUUUUGCGACAUCGAUUGAACUUGGCGGUCUUUCCCUCGACCCUCCUCGCAUCGGCGCUUUACUUGCGGCACAAAGCGUCGCACAUGGUAUAUGUCAGCUACUUUUCUUCACCCGUUUACAUGAUCGCUUCGGCGCAGGAGCUGUAUAUUUCACCGGCGUUAGCUUCGGCAUACCCAUCGUCAUUUUAUUUCCAGUGAUCAAUGCUCUAGCUCGAGCCUAUGGGAUAGGUAUGGCGGUGUGGCUGUGCGUCGCCGUCCAGUUUAUACUGAAGACUAGCCUGUUCAUGUGCUACUCUUGUCUGGCAUUAUUCGUCAGAACAGCUGCACCCAAUCGCGCCUCGGUCGGAGCUACCAGUGGAAUUAUCCAGACAGUUGCUGCACUAGCCAAAAUCUUUGGCCCGGCGUCUGCAGCUUCGGUCUUCUCUUAUUCAUUGCAGGAAGGGCAUAAUACGUGGUUGAUAUAUUACUUCUUGAUCGCAAUCGCAUUUCUCGCAGUCGGUGCUGCUCUAUUGCUUCCCCGUGAUCCUAGUGUAUGGGAAGAUCACCGAGCAUAUCAUUGCGAAUGA